AUGGUGAUUGUCUCGCCAAUUCUAGAGCGCGACUUCAGCGACCGAGAAACGAUUUGGAACACGGCCGUCGUCAUUUCCAACAGGGGCGAGUAUCUUGGAAAGACGAGAAAGAAUCAUAUUCCACGAGUCGGCGAUUUCAACGAGUCUACUUAUUAUAUGGAAGGCGAGGAUGGUCAUCCAGUUUUUGAAACCGACUUUGGAAAAGUCGCCAUCAACAUCUGUUACGGGCGACACCACCCACUCAACUGGAUGGGAUACGGUCUCAACGGCGCUGAGAUCGUUUUCAACCCCUCCGCAACUGUCGGUGCGCUUUCCGAACCCAUGUGGGGCAUUGAAGGACGAUGUGCUUCAAUCGCAUGGGGCUACUUUACUGGAAACAUCAACCGAGUUGGAACUGAGCAUUUCCCGAAUGAGUUCACAAGCGCUAACGGAAAGCCAGCGCACAAGGAUUUUGGACACUUCUAUGGAUCAAGCUAUGUUGGAGCUCCUGACGCGACCAGAACCCCGGGACUUUCCCGAACAGAAGAAGGCCUCCUCGUUUCCGAAGUCGAUCUCAACCACAUUCGUCAAGUGCGCGAUAGCUAG